AUGGAUAUAAUUACCUCCGAGAUGUAGAGAAGUGUGAUCGUAAAUAUAUUUCUACUUGGAAUUUCACAGACAACAGAGAUUUAGUGCGGAAAUUCCUCAUGUGUGGGGGUGAUGAUGACCGGUAUAGAGGCGUGGGUAUGUCUCUCUCACUCUGUGUCUCACCUCCGACACACCAUCCACCUCUUGUGAAGCCUCCCAGAACCCUCACAGCCACAGACACCCCCUAGAACCUCUUAGUGUCGCGGAAGUUCUCUAGGACCUGCUGGAGUCUCCUGCGUCUUCCCUGUAAUUGUGAGAAUAUCCUUCUGCACCUCCUUCAGCGUGGUGUUUGUGUCCUACAGGUCAAGGAGGCCGCAUCCGUCCCCAUGACUCUCAGCUCCUUAUGAUUGUCGACAGCCUUUAAGUGUACCUCAUAUUGAAGGAACGUCAGUGUAGGACAUUAAGUCACGCUGGUGUAGGAGGCAGGAAGGUCCUCAAACACUCUUAUAGGACUUUCUUGUAAAAUUCUAGUCUUAAAACUCCCGGGGUCCUAGUGGUUCAGGAGGUAGGAAGGACUCACAACAUUCCUGAAGGACCUGUAGGAGUUCGGCGUCUCUACAUCCUGGUUGUGGGGGCAGGAUGGAGCUCACGACACGCCGUAAGUCUAUGUGGGACACCCUGCCUGUCGACCUCCACUGCUUCACCAACGCCCGCCCUGACGACCACAUCUGUCACCCCCGCAGGUCACGCACGACGAUUGACAAGCUGCCAGACAAGGUACUGCUGAGGAUCUUCUCUUACCUGUCACACCGGGAGAUCAUCAACAACGCCCGGGUCUGCAAGAAGUGGAGGACCAUCGCUUACAACACCAACCUGUGGAGCGCUGUGUCCCUCAGGCCAGAGUGUCAUGGGCUGUGUGUCAACAGCAUCGAGGCCCUUCUCUAUCUCAUCAGUGCAAGGUUUGGGGCAUCACUGAGGUACUUGGAGAUGCCGAUGGACGUAAUCACCCACCCGGUGUUGCACGAGCUGGCCGCUAAGUGUCCCAACCUCACUGCCCUCCUACUCGACUUUUCCUCAGCCAUGCAGCUUCACGAUUUCAACGACAUGCAGGCGUUCCCCACAAAGCUGCGGACUAUGUGCAUCUGUCUGUCUGAGGUGAUCUUCAUGGAGGGCUUCAUGAGGAAGAUCUACAACUUUAUCAAUGGCCUCGAGGUGCUUCAUCUAGUGGGCACAUAUGAGAAGGCAGAUGAAGAGGAGGAGGAAAUUUACGAGGUCAUCAACAUCCACAAGCUCAAGUCUUCCACACCCAACCUCAAGGUAGUCAACCUCUACGGCAUCAACUUCGUCGACGACUCCCACAUUGAGGCCUUCAGCUCAAACUGUAUCCAGCUGGAGUGUAUGGCAGUCAACUUCUGUUCUAAGGUGAAUGGGUCUGCACUCAAGAUCUUGCUCAGCAGAUGUAAGAAGCUCAAGUGCCUCCUAAUGCAGCAGUGUAGCCUGCAGAAUGACCAGGUGAUGGCAGCAGAGUGGGAGAAGUCGUCUGUGCAGGAGCUGGACGUCUCGGCCACUGACCUCUCCACUGACUGCCUCAUUGACAUCCUCACCCGCAUACCAGCUAUCAGGUGGCUCAGUGCAGGACAGAUAGAUGGCAUCAAUGACACUGUGCUGAAGGCAUGGACUGAGCGAGGCAACCUGAAGAGCCUGAUUGCCCUCGACCUGGACCUGUGUGACAACCUGACAGAAGAGGGACUUUAUAAGUUCCUGGCGAGGUACGGACAAAACCUGCGUGGCCUCGUCCUCUCUGGCAUCCCACAGUGCACCGACUCUCUCUGCUCUAAUGUCAUGCCCGCCCUCAAGAACAUCAGGAUCCUGCGAAUGGGUCUGACGGAGAACCUGUCAUAUCGUCUUAUGGGCAAGAUUCACGUAGAUGGUCUGCUGGACAACAUUGCCACCUAUGGCAUGAAUAUGGAGCGUCUCGAAAUCUCUUGGGACCCUGAAUCUCUCCGCUUCUCCGACAAGAGCCAGAAGGCUAUCGAUACCAUGCGUGUGAAGUGCCUUAGACUCAAGUGUCUCGUCCUUGCUGACGGCAAGUACUACGAGAUUGUGAAGGCCAAUUUCGAGCGUGCUGACCGCACCACUGUGGUCCGCACCUCCACAAACUGCUGUGUUUCCAUUGCCUAUCUCCUCACUCACUACAAGGACCUCAUCUUUAACUAGUGCCCAAGACAAUAGGUUAUACAAAUUAAAGAACAAAUGGUAAGAGAGAAGACAGAAGAAGAAAAACUUAGUGCUGGAGGAGUUGAAAUCAAGGUAACACCCUAAGAAAUACAACACAAAUUCAUUAUUAUUCUACACUUUGACUACUACAUCAAGAACACUGUAGUGCUCCUGUCACACUGUCCCUUACACAAGUACACACAUAUACAACCUCAAAUGCCUUAUUGCUUCUUCCUAUCUGCAAAUUACCAAUGAAUGUAAAUGCACAUACAAAUUCAGACAAGGAAUGUACAGAGUAUCCAUAAUUUAUAGUAUACUGUACAGUUCUUUAGAUUAUCUCAUAAAAAAUAUAGUACAGUACAGUCAUAUAUUUAACACAUUAGAAUCUUUCCAAGUUACUUCUUAAUUUUGUCCUACAUUACACUGCCCUGUUCCAUAUUAGACAUCUAACAAGUGGCCAUCAGCAGACAGAGGCCCAACCACACAAUCAUCAGUCUUCACAGAUAUUCACUUUUUCCACUGCUGUGUUGUCUAACUACUACUGUUAUAUUGUUAUUGUAUAUGAUCACAUGUUUGCCCGGGUCUGUAUUACAUAUUAUUUAUGACAUAAAAAGUUUUUAUUGGU